AUGUUACUUGUGUCCUUCAUAAUUUGCCGAGAAAUCUUCAAGAAUCCAGAGUUUCACGAAUGGUUUACCAAAAACACAGUAAAUGCUGUAAUGGUUUCAUCAUUAUCACUUAUUCAUAUUGAAUGUUUAAAAUUACUUGAUGCAAGAGUCGCAGGAUUUGGUAAUUUGAAUGCACCAUUUUCCAAAGUAGCAGAAGGACUCAUCCUUUGGGGCGUAAUGUGCACGAUUUUUAUUUGUGACUUACCUCAAUUAGCCGUUCAGAUUAUUUAUAGAUCUUCUGUCAAAAAUUAUGAUAUAAUUCCAUUUCUUACAUUAAUAAUGGGAGUCAUAACAAUUUUUCAAAACAUAAUGAUUUUAAUUUUUAAUUUGAUGAAUUCUUUGAGCAAAAAUUCACAGCUAAAAGACGGAAAGUCUCGUAGUAUCGGUAAUGCAUCUUCUAAUAUUCAACAACGACCUGAGAUUAAAGCCCAUAGAAGCUUUAUGGCGAUGGGUCCUAUUGAAAAUGAAAUAGAGUAUUAUGAAGAUGAUGAAUUAAAAGACGCGAAUAGUAGAGAAUUUAAUAAUGAAAGAGACAGUGCAGUCAUCAAGAAGAUUGAAAAAGAAAAAAGGGUUAGUAUUAUCGAAAAUAGGAAUACAUUCGUAGAAGAAAAAGGAGUUAUUAUUACUAUUGGGAAUAUUGAUGACUCUGAAAAUAACACUGUUAAAGAUGAUGAUAAUACAUGUACCAGCAUUAUGGUCGAAAGAAAUACAAAAGUCAACAAUUAA